AUGGGAUAUUGUUUCUUGGCGGCGCGGUGCCGCCAUGUCUCCUGCAGAUAAACGGCGGCUAGUUUGUAUCUAUAUACUCGCUAUUGUUCUGUUUUUCUUCGUAUUGACCUGCAUACCAACAUAUCUGUACAUCCUUUUCUUUUUUGUCGUAACGUGUGCCGUUUGUUAUUAUAAAGUAGAGGAGUUUCAGCUCUUCGAGAGGUUGGGCCUGAAUCCCCGCCGUGGAUUAUCGCUUCCGACCGCGCUGCGGCGCUGGUUGCCGGGCAGGACUUUCACAGGCGUCCCGGCGGCUGGGCGGAAGAAGACUCAGUCUAACAAAAGCGAUGUUAAACAUUUUGUAGCGUCUCCCAGUGAUAGGUAUUUUCCCAGUUCGGUGUAUAAACGAGACGCAACGUUUAGUGACUCGGUAUUCAGUCCUCGGAGCAUCCUGAUGGGGAGUUACCUCGGAAAGGCGGAGAGUCCCUCCGGCACACGGCGGCCCGCUGGGGGCAACACCAGAGAACAACUCCGGGAGAGACUUGUGCGACCUAAUCAUGGAGUCCCCACUCCAAACAGAAGAUUAUCUUUUGGUGAUCCAGUGGCUACUACAGGGAGGUUCACCAUCACCCCUCAGAGACAUUAUCCACUGCAGCAGGUUGGAACCUCUCCGGUAGGCAUAUUUCCCCCGACACAGUGGGAUGGCUUCCACAAGAAAAACAUUCUCACUCAGCGAAAUACACCCACGCAUAGCCCAGUUACAGUGAAGAUUGCAAGACCGGACAACACAAAACACUUAUCGUUUUUUGAUCAGUUGAACUCUGGCGGAGCAGUCACCUCUCCAAUGUUUGAAGCUCGAGCUGAUCCCUGUUCUAGAGAAACUGUACUCAGUGUGCUCAGAGCAAGCCGUAAACGCAAUGAUGAUGAUGACGAUGAAGAUGAAAGAGCCCAAGAAGCUGGGCAAAAGAGCAAACGGAGGCGGAAUGAUAGCAGUGGGAGUUCUCAGGUAGUUUUUGAGCCACUGCUAGCUAACGGUGUGCAAUUCCAGAUUGUACCAAAGCCUGGAAGUUUGAAAAGAGGAAUGAAUAUCUCCGUGUUGGAAGAGUCCAUGGUAAAGAGAUCUCGGACCUCUUCCAUUAGCUCAGUUAGUGGAUGUCCUGUUUCCUGUGGCACACCUGGAUCAGAUCGGAAUCCUAUUCGUAGUUCUUACAGUUCUUCACGUGGCUACCCUCAGAGAAGAUUAGCAUCUGAUCGGAGUUCAUCUCCUCUUGUGAGCCCUGGAUCAUCACAAUCUCAGACUCCUGAGAGGGCAGCCAAAAAGCCCAGGGAAGAAGAUACUGCUUCACCAAAUUCAGUUUCAGAUAUCAACUCUGAUAAGACAGCCACUUGGACUGACCCUGGCUCUGGUAAAUGCACCCCAAAGCCUGAUCCGCCUGUGACAUCACGGUCAGACUCUGAAGGAAGCAGUUGCAAACGUAAACGUAAAAUUCAGCUGGUGUCCAUGUGCAGAGGCGACCAGAUUUCUUUGCCGCCACCACCUGAACUAGGCUACACAGUCACUGUGAAGGACCUGGAUAUGGAGAAAAAAGCUACUCUUACCCAAAUCCAGAAAGUCCUAGAGGAGCCUGAGCCAGAGAAGCCAAGCUACACUCCUUAUUUAUCUACUACUGCUGCUCCCACUGUAGGCAUGUUUUCCCAAGUAGUCUCAUUGUCCUCAGCCUCAACUGCCCCUGUAGGGAGUACUACAUCACUGGCUUCCCUGCUCACCCCAGCUGCUGGUCUUCCACCUGCCAGUCUUCCACCUGUCUCCACUGCGAUUUCUACCCCAGCUAUUGACCUCACUGUUACUCCAUCCAGCAAUGUCAGCACACCAAUCCAGAGUGUGGUAUCCUCUACACCUACCACCAGCAUCACUGUAGCUACACCAAUGGCUAAUCCUUUGUUGGAGUCUCUUAAGGGCAUGAAGAGCAGUUCUCUUAGUGUGCCCUCUUCUGUGGCUGCUACCUCUCCAGCUCCAGCAACAUCUGUGGCUGCCCAGGUUUCCUCAUCCAUUACCUCCAUUGCUUCAAGCUUUGGACCUGUAAAAUCUGAGCCCUCCAUUGCUACAACACGGCCCACAGUGUCAACUGUACCUUCCUCAGUACCUUCUGCCUUUGCCCAAAUUCUGGCUCAGCCUUUACCAACUUCAUCCACCACACUCAACCUGGGAGGUGGCAGUCUAUUUGGCUUCAUGGCCUCUGCACCCACAACCUCUGCACCAUCUGCUCCUACAUCCUCUGCACAGCUUACUAGCAGUACUACAAAUCCCACACCAUCAGGUUUCAAGCCUAUUUUUGGGCCUGCCAUGACAACACAAGCCCCUGCUGCAGAUGUCAAACCUACACAAACCACAUUCAAGCCCAUUUUUGGUGGUGCAUUUAAUCAGACAGCUUCUACAGCUUCUUCUGUACCAGCAACUCAGAGUAGCACGUCUCUGUUUGGCGGAAUCACUAAUACUCAGCCAGUGUUUUCCUCUGUCCCCUCAUCAGUCCCCAAUACUCAGAGUCCCAGUCAAUCUCUGUUUGGCAGUCAGACUAACAGCCAGCCAAUGGCUGCUUCUGCUUCCAUCUCCAGUACCCAGAAUCCUACUCCAGCUGUAUUUGCUCGAUUGACUAACAGCCAUACAAUGGCUGCUUCAGUUUCAUCAUCCUCCUCAAAUACCCAGAAUUCUACUGCAUCUCUUUUUGGUGGACUAUCUAAAAGCCAGCCAAUGGCUGCUUCAGUUUUGUCAUCCUCAUCCAGUACCCAGAAUCCUGCUUCAUCUCUGUUUUGUGGACUGACCAGCAGCCAACCUAUGGCUGCUUCAAUUUCAUCAUCCUCCUCCAGUGCCCAGAAUUCUACUCCAUCUCUGUUUCCUAGCUGGAGUACUACAAAGAGCAACUUUCAGUUUGGAGGUUCGUCAUCUACAGCCACCACUUCUUCUGGAAUUAGCACCAGUACCACAACUACCAACUGCAACAAUACAACUUUACAGUUUAAUGCUUUAAAACCAGCACCAGCUGCUUCUCCUGCCACUCCUCAGAACGCAUUCACAUUUGGACAAAACCCAGCCGCCACCACCACCUCCUUUACAGGUUUUGGUAUGACAAACAGUACUACUCCCUUGACAUCAAACACCCCAGCUACCCAGACCACAUUUGGUAGUUCAGUAUUCAGCACCUCCACAGGCUUUGCCAACCCUUCAGCUCCUACUCCAGUCAAGCCUUUUACAUUUGGUGCCAGUGUUGGAGGAGGUACUACAGUCGCACCACUCCCAUUUGGCACACCUGCUAGCACUGCUGCACCAACGUUUGGAAAUUCUACAAAGUCUGCAUUUGGUGGAACCUCCACUGGUUUUGCCUUUGGGAACACAAGUGCUUUGCCAGUGAGUGCUGCCUCUAUGCCAGCUCCUGCUUUCACAUUUGGAGCAGCACCAGCCACACCACAGAACUCUGCAACAUCUGGAGGUUUUAAUUUCUCAGCAACACUUUCUGGAGCACAAUUUGGAACGCCUACCCCAGCAGGGCAGAAUCAGGGGUUCUCAUUUGGAGCAGGUAACACGGAUAAUAAGCCUGCUUUUGGAGCCUCCACCCCUGCAUUUGGCACAGUAAGUGGCUCUAUCCCAUUUGGCAGCCCUGGGACUCCUGCUGGUGGAUUCGGUGCCUCAGCCUUUGGUACUCCUUCAGCCACCUUUUCAAUUGGUGCUGGCUCAAAAACCAGCAGUUCACGACAAAGACUACAAGCUCGCAGGCAGCACACAAGGAAGAAGUAAUGCUGACUGUGAGGACAUUAUUUGGACACAUGCAACACCCUCUAUUCUAGCUGCUUCUGCUGCUAACGGACCUUUUUCAGGAUUCCAAUAGGGUUGAAGUAUAAUUAGGUACCACAUCCGUUUUUUGGGUCAGGAGAUCUUGGCAUACCAUCAUCUUGUGUGAAAUCAGACUGAUGGCAAGUUUUGUGGACAAACAGCACUACUUGCCAGAUUAAAAGUAUGAUGAGACAAUUAAACACCUGGACAUGAUUUUGUGCUUUGAUUUUUGGGAUAAUGCAUUUUGUUUUUCUUUUUAAAUUGUUGUCUGUGACCUUUUUGUGAGAUCAUUCAUUUACAUCACAUUCAGCUUCACUAAUCAGUUUUAACUUUUUUUUUCCUUUCAAAGUACAUUCACCAAAACCUACGUUCAUGUCUUUGCUCCUGAACUGCUUAUUAAGGUUCUGAGUCAACGUAGUCUUCAGAAAUGUGUUUUAACUGAAAUAUGUCUCUCCUCCAAAUGCAUUUAGCAUCAAAAUAAAGUUUAGAAUUUUUCAUUGCUUUUGUUUUAUAUCUUUAAAAUAUUUGGCUCAUAUUUCAGAGUAAGUCAUAUUCAUGUUUCAAACCAAAACAGAUGAUGUAAUACAAGCUGUUCUUGGUUUACAACCAUCUGUGUGCUAUUGGCUUUUUGACUACCUCGUCUGUUUACUCCAGUAAAUGUUACUUACCAAUCA